ACAGACAGACAACAGCAAUAACAACAAGAGAUCAUUGGGAAAAGUGUAAUAACAACAACAAUAAAAACAACAGCAGUCGGCGUAAAAAUCGGCGCAACUUUGGCUGCUAAAAAUUAGUUUGCAACAUUUGAACAAAUAAAAAGGGCCACAACAAUUGCAGUUAUGUCGACAGCAACUUGUGCGCGCUUCUGUUCGCCGCUGACAGGCGCCAACAAAGCGUCAAAUGGCGGCGUCGGCUCCUCGUCAAAAUUGGCAGUAGGAAGCGGAAGCAACAUGACGUCAUCGUUACACAACAAGAAGAAGACUAUUCCAGCAACAAAUGACAGCAACACAGAGGCAACAUUCACAUUCAAAUUGAGCCGCAAUGCCAGCAACAUCAAUGCCACUGGCAGCCACAGUGUUGCCUCAUCAGAGUCAUCAGAUCCCCUUGAGUCCGAUUACAGCGAGGAAACCGAAGAAGAGGAGCAGCCCCAGCAGCAGCAGUCAAAGAAGCCACAAUCCAAACACAUGAACGGCAGUGUCAGCGUCAGCGUCAGCAGUCGCAGCAGCAGCAGUGCGACAUCAGCCUCGGUGGAGAAUGAGGGAGAAGAGCAGUCGAAUGGCGAGGAGGCGGAGCAGAGUGGUCAGGAUGCAAAUGAUGUGACCAACAACGACAGUUCCGAUGAAAGCGAACAGGAUGAUGGCAAUGAGACAGACGACGAGGAGACCGACGAUGAGUCCGAGGAGAGCAGCAGCGUUCAAACCGCCAAGGGUGUGCGCAAAUAUCAUCUGGAUGAUUAUCAGAUCAUCAAGACUGUGGGCACUGGCACCUUUGGACGCGUCUGUCUAUGUCGCGAUCGCAUAUCGGAAAAGUAUUGUGCCAUGAAAAUUCUGGCCAUGACCGAAGUCAUACGUCUCAAGCAGAUUGAGCAUGUGAAGAAUGAGCGCAAUAUAUUGCGUGAAAUACGUCAUCCGUUUGUCAUCAGUUUGGAAUGGUCUACCAAGGAUGACUCCAAUCUUUAUAUGAUCUUUGAUUAUGUCUGCGGCGGCGAGUUGUUUACAUAUUUGCGCAAUGCAGGCAAAUUUACAAGCCAAACUUCCAACUUUUAUGCGGCUGAAAUUGUCAGCGCUUUGGAAUAUCUGCACUCACUGCAAAUUGUUUACCGCGACUUGAAGCCCGAGAAUUUGCUCAUCAAUCGCGAUGGUCAUUUGAAAAUUACUGAUUUUGGAUUUGCCAAAAAGCUGCGAGAUCGCACCUGGACUCUAUGCGGCACACCUGAGUACAUAGCACCCGAAAUUAUUCAAUCCAAAGGACACAACAAAGCUGUGGACUGGUGGGCAUUGGGUGUGCUUAUCUAUGAGAUGCUAGUGGGCUAUCCACCAUUUUAUGAUGAUCAGCCGUUUGGCAUCUAUGAGAAGAUUUUAAGCGGUAAAAUCGAAUGGGAACGUCAUAUGGAUCCCAUAGCUAAAGACUUGAUUAAGAAGCUGCUGGUGAAUGAUAGAACCAAGCGACUUGGCAAUAUGAAGAACGGCGCCGAUGACGUGAAAAGGCACCGCUGGUUCAAGCAUCUGAAUUGGAAUGACGUCUACAAUAAGAAACUAAAGCCGCCAAUAAUGCCCGAUGUACACCACGAUGGUGAUACGAAAAAUUUUGAUGAUUAUCCCGAAAAGGAUUGGAAGCCCGCCAAGGCACUAGACCAAAGAGAUUUGCAGUUCUUCAAUGAUUUCUAAAGGAACAAGGCAAUAAAUUUAAGCAAAUAACAUUUGUACAAAUUGCAACACUGGCAAUUAGCAAAAGUACAUGCACACUCAUUAUUACAUGAUUAGUUUGUAUGUUUAAAGAAUAAUCAAGCAAUUAUAAUAUUUAACCAUAAAUACUAUACGCAUAUGAAAUUUAUAAUAUUUAUAUACCUAAUAUACGAUUAUGACUAUAGUAAGGCUAAGUUUACCCCAUAUUGUUAUAUCUAUUAUUGUUUAAUAUGUUUAAUUGUUUAAACUGCAAGUGCAUGAUGCACAACUGCAAGCUAAUUGCAUGCAUAGAUACAUAUAUAUAAACACAAAUACAUACUUAUUCGUAUGCAGCUGUUCUACACAAAUUUAUAAAAUAUUGUUAAACAAGAAAGCUAAAUCAACAUAAGCAAAAGCAACUUAACGUAAAACGUUGAAUAAAGUGAUUUAAACUUAA